UGCACAAUUGGUGGCGUGCUCGGCUUCGGUUGAUUCGGUGAAGAUGCUGUCGAAAAUCCUGUCCCGCCGCCCGGCGCGGCUCCUUGCUCGCACGGCGGCCUCCUUCUCCACGGAAGUUCCUGCUGUAGCUGCUGCUGCUGCCGCUGCGCCAACAGGUCCCGUCUCGACGAGCGUGAUUGCGGAACACUCGAUUGCACAGGCCAACAAAGACACGGACGUCAACAAGUUUUUCGCCUUGACGGACGAACAGAUCAAGAAGCACUUUCCUUCGGGCCUGCCCAAGCGCAUCAAGGAAAUGUUUGAACUCGUCGAACCCAACAAGCACUUUAUGCUGCGCAAGCCUGUCGCGACCAUCUUGUCGGCCAUGUCGAACUUUCCCGAAAGCUGGCCGGAACGUUGGCCCGAAAAGGCGUUUGUGUUGGAUGGCGAACGUGGCACCGGCAAAACUGUGUCGUUGAUUCAAAUCGUGACCUUCGCCCGCGAAAAUGGCUGGAUUGUGCUGCACGUGCCCCACGCGCGAUCGUGGACCCAUGAUGCUCCGUACGUGACGAAGGCUGCUUACCACGAAGGCAAGUUCGACAUCGAUGUUGUCGGCGCCGACAUCUUGAAGCAGUUGAUCCAAUGCCACGGCGACCAGUUGGCGUCGCUGCCCCUUCGCGGCGACUAUGGCGAUGUGUACUACCCCCGUACAUUUAUCAAGAAGCCCAAGAAAGCGUCCGAGUACAACAAGGGCGACUUGACUUUGCUCGACAUUUGCGAAAGCGGGCUCAAGGAUGAACUCCUUACGUGCAAGGCCGUGUUGGAUCUGAAGGCAGAACUGGCCGAAGUGACGGAGUUUCCCGUCCUGAUUGCAAUCGACGAGUACAACACGUGGUUCCACAAGACUGUGUUUGGGUACGAAGGUGUGCCGGUGAAGGCGGAGGACAUCACAAUUGUCGACGCGUUCCGCGACGUCGAUGCGACGGGAUACCGCGUUGACCGCAAGCUCAAGAACGGGCUGUUCAUUGCCGCGACGACGGAAAAUUACCCGACCAAGAACGAAUUUUCGAAGCAGGCAUCGUACAAGCGCGUGCGCAAGCUGUUGCACCCGUACACGCCGGAAGAGCUCACGAGCUUGGUCGACUACUUCCACGCGAUCAACUUUCGACAGAGCAAAUAUUCGGAAAAGGACGUUGUUUUCCUCCGCCUCAUGUCCAAGGGCGUCCCAUUGAAGGUGUUCAAGCAGGCAAGUGUGUUGUAGGGUAGCAGCCCUGUGCCGAUACAAUACAGACACGGAUUAGACCA